GAAUGUUUGAAUUUACAACCGAAACGCUUUGGAGUAUUCAGUUUUGCGCUAAAAAGUUGUAUUAAUUUUAUUUAGCAUUGCUAGUGAGUGUUUCUGACUGCAUGAAUUAUAUAUAAACUUAUCUUUACCUAUGAAGAGAGUGCGGUUUGAAACCCCUUUAAAGGUGCGAGAUACAAAUAUAAUGAAUUAUGAAACAGAUUGCCAUUCUCCUCGACCUUACAUAGACAAAGGGAUAAAAUCCAUACCAUCUUUUCAAAGGUUCGAUGACGGGCCUCGCUUGUUGCCGUAUUCCAAUGACCCGAUACAAAGAUUUGAAUUCGGGAAUAGUUCACCGUACGCCACAGUGAAAAAGACCUUAACAUCAGUGAACUUCCCAACGGUUGGAAAUCAGCAAGCUCCUUCAAGUGAUCUUGAUUUGAGCGUGUUGGAUUAUACUUGCCAGGAGCCACGGAAACAACCCCUCAAAAUAUUUUCCGAUGUAACAGUUGACGCGUGUCUUAACGUACCAAACAUACUAAAUAAAAAUUUGACGAACAAAACAAAUUUGGAACCUCCAAAUGUUCUUAGAAAAGGUGACGACUUCUUUUUAAAAAGAGAACAACUUGGGAAAUUAAAGGAAGUAUAUCCCCUAUGUGAGCAAGUAAAUAAAUUAAGUUUAGAAAAAGAGAAUAAUCCAUUAGUAAAGAAAGCUGAAAUAAUGAAGUUAGGAAGUUUACAUAAAAAUAACAUAAUUCCCCAAGCAGAACAAGAAACCUGUGUUGUGGCACUAAAUGAUAAUUAUUGCAAAUGUCAUCACUGUGUUAAAAUAAGUGCACCUUACCAAUUGAUGCAGGCUUGUACAAAAUAUAGAGAGGAGAAUCAAGUCAAUCAAUUCUGUUGCAGAUCUCCUGAUGCCGGAAUAUGCCCUCAUAGUAACUAUAACAUGCAAAUUGUACCUCCACAGCCCAAGUGCAAUUGCCAGAACAAAUUACCCAAUAAUUCAGUUGACAAAAAGAACUGGGCCUUAGAAAAAUAUGAACAGAGUAAAAGAUCUGAGUGUUUAGACUUAGAACAACAAAACACAAUUGUUAAGGAAAAGAGAGAACCCACUGUUACAGAUUUAUAUAAAAUAAUAAAGUUACAAAAUGAACAAUUACAAUUAUUACAAGAGAAGGUCGAUAAAUUCAUAGCUGCAAAUAGAAAAGAGAAUAACCAACCUAAUCCACCUCUCCAAAACUACGUAACCGAACAUGUUACUUUAAAAUCAGUAGAUAGUGAAGAACAUAAAAUAUCAAUUGGUGUUAUGACUAGCUUUGAAAUGGUCCGAACAUCUACAGUUAUCAAUAAAGAAGUAAUAAAGCAAAGUGAAGCGCAGAUACAAUGCAAUAGAUCACAAAUAAGUAUAAAAGAAGUUGUGUCUAAAGCGCAGCCUGUUAAUAUCAAUUUUUUAGAUGGUAUAAGUAAGAAAAAUGAUACAAAUUCUUCUGUUCAUAAUUCUACUCACAAUAAUGAUGAAAUGACAAGGAAUACUGGUUUUGAGGACAAAACUUUUAAUGAGCUCAGUUUGUACAAUGUCCAAGUGGAUAACGCUACUACCCCUAUGAUGUCUCCAGAACAAAGCAUGUAUUUAGAUGUUAAAGAUUAUAGCGACUCAGACACAGAAAGUGAUGAUCCGUCCAAUGUUGGCUGGACUUAUUAUAAUAAAGUAAUGACGCGAGUGAAUGGGAUGCUACAAGAUUCUGAUAUGCCUUCCUCAGCCAGUGCUCUCUACAGAAAUGCAAGACAGAAAUGUUUAAUGCAAAUUGACAAAACAAAUGUCAGUGUGACUAAAAGAGUGACAUUUGGAGAGAACCCAAUACAAAUGCAGCCACCCCAAAUGACUAAUGCUACUACUGAUACAAGUUUAAAAAUGAACCAGUUAGCUGCAAAAUACCUUCAAAAGGGCCAGCAAGCCAGUGUUGCCACAAACAAACCCACGGCUUCCGCUGAGAUGUCUUUUGCUACGAAAAAUUACAUGGAAAGGCAUAAAUUACUACAGGGUAACCACAUAGCACAUAGCCAACCACCACCAAAGCCGCAACAAGAAAUACCAAAAUUUUUGGAUAUAACAGUUUUAAAGCAACAACCUAAGUUAUUAUAGGAUAUACUUUUGUAUACUUUAACAUGUACAUUUAGAUGAAUUGUAUGAAUCAUAUGUUGUAAUAAAAUAAAACAAUUAAUUUAUAGAACA